AUGGCGUUACAAUGCGAAGGGUUUCAGAGCGCGAGACAAGAUGUAACCAGCCUGGCUGAAGCUGCUAGAGGACAAGAUGUAACCAGCCUGGCUGAAGCUGUGAGAGGACAAGAUGUAACCAGCCUGGCUGAAGCUGUUAGAGGACAAGAUGUAACCAGCCUGGCUGAAGCUGUUAGAGGACAAGAUGGAACCAGCCUGGCUGAAGCUGCUAGAGGACAAGAUGUAACCAGCCUGCCUGAAGCUGCUAGAGGACAAGAUGUAACCAGCCUGGCUAAAGCUGUUAGAGGACAAGAUGGAACCAGCCUGGCUGAAGCUGCUAGAGGACAAGAUGUAACCAGCCUGCCUGAAGCUGCUAGAGGACAAGAUGUAACCAGCCUGGCUAAAGCUGUUAGAGGACAAGAUGGAACCACCCUGGCUAAAGCUGUUAGAGGACAAGAUGUAACCACCCUGGCUACAGCUGUUAGAGGACACGAUGGAACCAGCCUGGCUAAAGCUGCUAGAGGACAAGAUGUAACCAGCCUGGCUAAAGCUGUUAGAGGACAAGAUGUAACCAGCCUGGCUAAAGCUGUUAGAGGACAAGAUGGAACCAGCCUGGCUGAAGCUGCUAGAGGACAAGAUGUAACCAGCCUGCCUGAAGCUGCUAGAGGACAAGAUGUAACCAGCCUGGCUAAAGCUGUUAGAGGACAAGAUGGAACCACCCUGGCUGAAGCUGUUAGAGGACAAGAUGUAACCACCCUGGCUACAGCUGUUAGAGGACAAGAUGUAACCACCCUGGCUUCAGCUGUUAGAGGACAAGAUGUAACCAGCAUGGCUAAAGCUGCUAGAGGACAAGAUGUAACCAGCCUGGCUAAAGCUGUUAGAGGACAAGAUGUAACCAGCCUGGCUAAAGCUGCUAGAGGACAAGAUGUAACCAGCCUGGCUAAAGCUGUGAGAGGACAAGAUGUAACCAGCCUGGCUAAAGCUGUUAGAGGACAAGAUGUAACCAGCCUGGCUAAAGCUGUGAGAGGACAAGAUGGAACCAGCCUGGCUAAAGCUGUUAGAGGACAAGAUGGAACCAGCCUGGCUAAAGCUGUUAGAGGACAAGAUGGAACCAGCCUGGCUAAAGCUGUUAGAGGACAAGAUGGAACCAGCCUGGCUAAAGCUGUUAGAGGACAAGAUGUAACCAGCCUGGCUAAAGCUGUGAGAGGACAAGAUGUAACCACCCUGGCUAAAGCUGUUAGAGGACAAGAUGUAACCAGCCUGGCUAAAGCUGUUAGAGGACAAGAUGGAACCAGCCUGGCUAAAGCUGUUAGAGGACAAGAUGUAACCACCCUGGCUAAAGCUGUUAGUGGACAAGAUGUAACCAGCCUGGCUUAA